AUGGUUUCCAUGGCGGUAGAUAUAGUUCUACAAGAAAAAUCAACUAGUGUAAUAAUGAACUCAUUUGCUGUCAUCGUUAUUUGUGCUCUUUUUCAGUCCGUAUACGCUCUUGGACUUGAAGAUCAUAUUCCAAACUUUGAUAACUUUAAUCUAAAUGAUAUAAUAAAGAGCAGAACAGUAUUCGAUAAUUACAUGAACUGUUUUCUAGAUAAAGACAAAUGCAGUAAAGGUGGGGAAUUACUGAAAGGAAUUGUACUAGAUACGAUUAAGACGAACUGCAAGACAUGCACCGAGGCACAGAGAAAUAUAGGAAAAACAAUUGUUCGUUAUUUAAUGGAUAACAAAGUCGACUUAUGGGAUGAGAUUAAAGCUAAAUAUGUUCCCAGAUGA